AUGUCUACCCGUGAACUGAUUCUCGGCUCGCUGGCGAUCGUCUUCUUGAUCGUUGCGUCUACAUUCAUUGGCCUCUACAUCGCUACCAAGGCGCACCUGAGGAAGGACCACAAGCACCAUGACGACCACCCCGGUGAUCAUCAUGACGACAAUUCGGUCUGCAGCACUCCUGACUGCGUCCUCGCCGCUGCCUCUCUCAUUCAGGGCAUGAACACCUCGGCUGACCCUUGCGAUGACUUCUACGAGUUCGCGAAUGGCGGCUGGCUGCAGAGCCACCCCAUUCCCGCUGACCGUGCUCUCGUCGGGACCUUUACGACUGUCUCGGACAACAACAAGAAGAUCCUGACCAAGAUCAUUGACAGCAUUCCUGCCUCUUCAGAGUCUCACGCCCUGGAUGCCGAGCACGACAACCUCCGUAAGCUGAAGGACACCUACCUCAGCUGCAUGAACACGCUCGGAGACAAGCCGAUCCAGCCCCUCGUCAAGCACGUUCUCAACACCUUUGGAGAAUUCAACGUCCCUCUUGAGGGCGACGACACUUCCUUCGCUCCGCCUUCGUACCUGGGCAAGUGGAACGAGGCGUACGAGAUCCCUCAGUCUCUUCGCGCGGUUGCCAAUCAGAACUCCGAGAUCCUGGCCAGCAUCCGUGUUGGCCACCACCACGGUCUUGAGAAGCCUUCCUCCCGCCCGGCGUUCGCCGCUUUGGGCGGUGGCGACUCUGGAAACAGGAAGAGGACUGAGAAGAUCACCGAUGUCUUGGCCUUCCUCCAUGCUCGCGACGUUGAUGUUCUGUUCAACUUUGCCAUCGAGGGAGACGCUGGAGGCGAGAACUCUCAGAUCCAGUCUCUCUGGUUCUACCAGUCGUUCGGUGGUCUCCCCGCCAAGGAGUACUAUGAGGAGCCGGAGAUUAUGGACCUCUACACCCAGGUCGUCGAGGACAUGCUCACCGCUGUUGCUAGUGGCGGCAAGAAGGGCCAGCGCGACCUCCUGACCUCCAUUGCGGAGGGUGCUAUGGAGGCUGUUGAGGAGGGCGCCGAGACCUGGCCGUGGCCUUGGCCCGGAAGCGACGACGAGCCUGCCCCCGAGGAGCCUCUCGAGUCGCGCAUGAAGAAGCUCGCCACUAAGGUUGUUGAGUUUGAGCGGCAGAUUGUUAAGGCCGGUGCCGACCUCGAGUACCUCUUCAACCCCCACUACUCGUACAACCCCAUCCCUGCCUCCGCUGUCGACCAGUACUUGUCGUUCCUCAACCUUGGCCAGUACCUCGCGGCCAUGGCGCCUCGCACUCGCCCCCAGAAGAUCACCGUCACGUACCCUCCCUACCUGAAGUCUAUUGACAAGCUUGUUAGCGAGGUGUCUGACCCUGUUCUUUCGGCCUACUUUGUUACCAAGCUCGCUCUCCAGUGGUACGGCGCUCUUGGCCCGAAGACUCCUCUGUUCGCCGCUGGCCACCGCCUCUCCAACUUCCUCAAGGGCAUCAAGCCCGACCAGAUGCAGGACCGCCAGGACGUGUGUCUCAGCUCCAUUGACCUCGUCGGCUUCAUCGCUGGCCGUGAGUACGUCAAGGCUGCUUUCUCCAAGGAGGCGAAGGAGGACGCCACGGGCAUCAUCCAGAACAUUGUCAACGAGUUCCACGACGAGCUCCCGCACAUCAAGUGGAUGGACGAGAAGAGCGCCAAGGCUGCCCAGAAGAAGGCCUCUGCCCUGAUCCCCAAGGUCGGCUACCCGCUCAACCCUAACACCGAGGACCCCGAGUCGCUCAAGAGCUGGUACCGCGCCGUGGACAUCAAGCCCGACACGUACUUCGACAACAACAUUGCUGCGACGCUCGCGAACAACGCGCGCACCUGGGGCGGACUCGGCCGCGAGCGCAACCGCGACUCGUGGGAGAUGUACCCGCAGACGGUCAACGCGUACUACAGUCCUCCUGACGGCGAGAUCGUCUUCCCGGCGGGUAUCCUGCAGCCGCCGUUUUACUCGUACAACUGGCCGAAGAGCCUGAACUAUGGCUCCUUUGGUGCCGUUGCGGCGCACGAGCUGACGCACGCGUUCGACAACUCGGGCGCGCAGUACGACGACAAGGGCCGUCUUCGCGACUGGUGGACGAACCGCACGGUCGAGAACUUUGAGAAGCGCGCCCAGUGCAUCGCCAAGCAGUACUCGCAGUACUACGUGCUGGACGACAAGGGCAACAAGGUGCACGUCAACGGCAACCUGACGAAUGGCGAGGACAUUGGCGACUCUGGGCUCAAGCAGGCGUACAACGCCUGGCGCAAGGUGGAGGAGGACAAGCCGUCCCCCGCCCACCUCCCUGGCCUCGCUUACAAUGAGGAGCAGCUCUUCUUCAUCGCCUUUGCUCGCAGCUGGGCCCAGGUCACUCGCCCCGCUACCGCCGUCGCGCGCAUCAGGACCGACCCCCACUCGCCCCCCUACUGGCGCGCGACGGGCACACUCCGCAACCUCGACGCGUUCCACAAGGCGUUCCAGUGCAAGAAGGGCACUAGGAUGAACCCCGAGAAGCAGUGCAAGCUCUGGUAG